UAAAUGAACAAAAGCGGUUACUUGAAAAUUAGCGAAUGAGGAGAGAUGAAGCCAGAGCCACUUAAAAUUUUCAUUUUCUCACACAGUGGAAAAGUCGGCUUGUGAAAUGUUAAAGCCAAAAAGUGUAUAAAUUUAAGAAGUAUAUCAAAAUAAAAAUGCAUUAGUGCAAGUAUUCUCAUGAAAAAAUGCAAUAUUAACUUUAAAAAAUUGGAUUGAAAGAGUGCAGGAAAAAAUAAAUUGAUGCAAAUUUAGCUGCAAUGUGAACAAGAAAAAAGUUAUUGGAGCAUAGUAGAAUAGCGAAAGAAAUCUAUGCACUGCAAGAACAGAAGUACAAUAACGCAAAUAAAUACAUAUCUUUGCUAAUUACUCAACUACUUUGUAAGUGCAUACGUACAUACGUACGUUCGUCGUCGUCAUCCUGCCUGCCCAUUAUUAGCCUGCCUGCAAUUACAAAAUAAAAAUAAAAACAGAAAUACAAAAAAAAGGAGAAAAAUCUGUUAUAAAUAGUAGUCAAAUAACUACUCAGCCAACGACAAAAGCAACAACAUCCGACUUAGAAGCGCUUCAAUCAAUUCAAUUCAGCCAUCAAUUCAUCUAUUCAUAGCCGUAUUCUACUUGGACGAGUACACGUUUAAAUAGUGUGCGUGCGCGCCUAGUGCUGGCUGUCUAACUCAUUUGCCUACGCAAAUACUUGUAGUAAGUAGCAUUCGCGGCUACCCUUUCAACUCACUCGCUUUUUUGUGACCUUCAUAUCGCAAAAACUUUGGCAUUUAUUGCCAUUAGCCAGCUUCUUUGUCCACAGUUCGUCGUUAAACGUGCAAUGGCAACAUGGAUAACGAGCAGCCUCAUCAGGAAUUAGUAAAGUGUGUUUUGGUCGGUGAUACUGCCGUGGGGAAGACACGUUUAAUUUGCGCACGCGCAUGCAAUAAGCAUGUUUCGCUGUCACAGCUGCUAUCGACACAUGUGCCUACAGUGUGGGCCAUCGAUCAGUAUCGAAUCUAUAAGGAUGUGCUUGAGCGCUCCUGGGAGGUAGUGGAUGGUGUAAAUGUCUCGUUACGACUCUGGGAUACAUUUGGUGAUCAUGACAAGGACCGAAGAUUCGCUUAUGGACGGUCAGAUGUCGUACUGCUAUGCUUCUCCAUUGCCAGCCCAAUAUCGUUACGCAAUUGUAAGGCUAUGUGGUAUCCGGAAAUACGCCGUUUCUGUCCAGACGUACCCGUCAUAUUGGUAGGAUGUAAAAAUGAUUUACGUUAUAUGUAUCGCGACGAAACAUAUUUAUCGUACUUUGGCGAGCGAAGCACCUUCGUGCGUGCUGCGCUGAAAAGUGACCUCGUCAUGCCCGAUGAGGCACGUGCCGUUGCCAAGGAGCUGGGCGUCGCCUAUUACGAGACCAGCGUCUUCACCUACUUCGGUGUGAAUGAAGUAUUCGAAAAUGCCAUACGUUCGGCGUUGAUUGCGCGCCGACAGCAACGUUUCUGGAUGACAAAUUUGAAAAAAGUACAAAAACCGUUGCUGCAGGCACCAUUCCGACCGCCCAAACCGCCACCACCAGAAGUCACCGUUGUGGUGGGCAAUUACAGACAAGACAUGUAUAACAUGUUAAUUUCACAAACACACACGGAUCUCAUACUGGUGGUGGGUACAAGUAAAUUUCCGGUACAUCGGUUUAUGUUGGCGGCUGCGUCGAACGUCUUCUAUAGGCUAUUGAAUACGGAAUUAACGGAUAUGGGUGGUAGGAGCAGUAGUGAAUCGAGUAUGGUGAGUUCUACCUUCGGCGAAGCUACCACAGCGGAUUUCAAUGAUGAUACUGAGUGCUUGAUAAGGCAUGAAUCGCGAACACAGAGAAUGUGGGAACAGCUGAAGCGUCGCUCAAGCUAUCAGGCCUUACCGCUAAUCGAAACCAAAAGGCCCAGUGAUCUCUAUAAGGACCUGCAUCAUCCCAUUUUCCAAAAUAUACGCUUAAUACAGAUGGAAAAUACGCGUGGCAUUAAUGUAACACAAACAAUUGUCACAUUAACCAAGCUGAUAACACCGCCAGCGCUGCAACAGUGUCUGCAAUUCAUCUAUACCGGCACAAUUGAAAGGGAAUUUCACAAUUUGCAGGAAAUUAAACAAGCUGCUGAUUUCUUAGAACUGCCUCAAUUGACUUUAUUACUUUCCAAGCCACAAACACUUUUAGCCAGUCUAAACGAUGAACCCAAUCAACAUUUAUGCUUUAGCAUUAAAGAGAAUAUGGAGAAACAUUGCAUUGGCGAUGGUUGCUUCAGCGAUGUCACUUUCGAGUUGGACGAUGGUCAAAUGAAGGCCCAUCGUGCCAUUUUAGUUGCACGCUGUGAUGUUAUGCGCGCCAUGUUGGCUGGCGACUUUCGUGAGGCGCACUCAAGUGUGAUCGUCUUUCCCGGUGUCACCAUUUAUACAUUUCAUAAGUUGCUCUGCUAUUUGUACACAGAUGAAAUACCUCCAAUUUCCGCAGAUAAAUGCUUAAACCUUCUAGAAUUGGCUAAUCGUUUAUGUUUGCCACGACUAUUGAAUCUGGUGGAAUGUCGUGUAAUUGAAGACUUAACAAUGAUUUCGCAGAAUGAAACAAAUGAAACGGUCGAUCAUUGUCUAAAGCUGCUGGAGCCAGUGAAGCUACACAACGCUCACCAAUUGGCCGAAUGGUGUAUGUCAUAUCUGUGUGUCAAUUACAAUAUUAUUUGUAAAUUCUCGCUCAAAGGCCUCAAAGCACUGCAUCAGGAUAAUCAAGAAUACCUGCGUGAACAUCGUUGGCCACCAGUGUGGUAUUUAAAGGAUUAUGAUUACUAUCAACGCUGCAUAAAUGAAAUGAAUAAAGAGCUAAAGAAUUCACGGCGCGAUUCGCGUAGUGAUGAUGAAGGUUGCCUCUGCUUUACUGGGGGCAGCAGCAGCGCUGGUAAAUCAAAGCGUGGCAACGAUCCCAAUGGCAAUGGUGGUAGUAGUACCAAUGAGCAUAGCACAACAGAUAAUCAAAUUUUCAAUAGCACAGCGAAUUCAAUGAAUCACAUUGACCUCGAGGCGGCUGAGGUAGAUUUGAAUCUCUGACAUCCAGCCAUCGGGCAAAGAAGAUCACUGCGUUUCAUAGUGAUUUUGCCCGUGCUGAUUUGUUUCAUUUGUACAAUUUUAAGUAUUUUAAUACUUUUUCAAAUUUAUACAUAACAAUACCAAAAUUGUUAUAGCCAGCAUUCAGAAAAUGCUUACGACGGCCUUAUAAGGCACAAAAGUCAGCAGCAAGAGCAACGGCAACAGCAACAACAACACGAACAUGAGCAAUUCGUCAGCGUGCAAGAAGCAGCGGAAGUUAAAGGAACUAUUUAAAAAUUAACAACAUCUCAAAUGCUCAAUUAAAAAAAAAAACUCAAUAAAACCAAAUCAACCCAAGACAAGCAGUUUUACAAAUCUAUCAAAUUUUUGACCAAAUAAAAUCACAUUCAAUUCAUUUUCAGACAAUGAGCUCUUUUACAUCCACGCUGUCAAAACGGCUAAUACCAAACAAUUUUCACAAAUUGUAUGCAAUAUUUAAUCAAUUAACAAAAAACACCAGCAAAAUGUAUGAGCAAUAUAGUAAAUGUCUACAAACAACAAAUUAUAAACAACACGAAAGCAUAAGCGUACAUAUUUGCAAAACUUAAAAUCAGCAAUAGUUGAGAAUUCUGAAUGUACACCAAUAAAAAUAGUAAAAAAAACCGUAAAUGGGGCAAAAAAAAAUGGAAAUUUGGAUAAGCGCUAAAAAUAGGGAAACUAUUGUCUAGCCAUUAGUCAUAUAAGCGAUACACAAAUAUUUAAGCGGGCAAAGUAAUACACACAUACAUAAAUACAACAUUCUUAGAUGAAAACAUAUUGAGUAAAAACAAAAAUGCGAAUUAUAAUUGUAAUGCAUAGCGUAGAAAUUGAAAAUGGCAACAAACAAUAUUUCAAAAAA